UCGAAAGAGGAAACGCCAGCAUUCACAGACACAAGAAUCAACACAAGACCAAGCAAUGGUCGGUUACGAAAAUAAAAUAACUACACCUGACGACCAAUCUAACAUCGUAGGUUCCGACUAUGAGCCAGUUGGACAGGAUCAACCAUCUGUUUACGACAGUGUCCCUUCGUCUCAUAUAUUAUACGAAUGUCUUGACUUGCCAACAUGGGCAAAACCAUGGAGUGUGCCCUGGGACAAUUUUAUGGUAGGAACAAAAGUACUGGGCAAGGGGCAGUUUGGUGAGGUACGGUAUGGAGGAGUAAUGAUUGAUGGAGAACCCUGCAAGGCUGCUAUCAAGAAGCUACGAGAACAUGCAUCGUCAACUGCCAGACAGAAUUUUCUGGAUGAAUUCCGAUCCAUGAUCAAAAUAAGACGUUAUCCAAACAUCGUCAGGACUAUUUGUGCAUGUCAACACGAAGACAAACUCUACGUAGCCAUGGAAUAUCUUCCCAAUGGUGACCUUCGUUCCUACCUGAGGAAUGCUCGAUCAAUGGAUGGCGAGACAUAUUUGUCUUCUGAGAAGUUACUGCAGUUUGCUUUAGAUGUUGCUAAAGGGAUGCAUCACCUUGCCACAUCAGGGGUGAUACACCGAGAUUUGGCCGCAAGGAAUAUCCUUCUGGAUGAAAAUCUGGUUGCAAAGAUUUCUGACUUUGGCUUGUUACGAGGAGAAGAUAUCUAUGUACAGGCGUCGAAGACACGUGUUCCUACACGCUGGUUGUCUUUGGAGUCGAUGACCAACAAGACUUACACUACAAAGAGUGACGUAUGGUCUUAUGGAAUCCUUCUCUGGGAGAUUGCAACAGUAGGCGGAACUCCGUAUUCGACGAUCGAGACUCGCGCCUUGAGAUCAACGUUGAAGACUGGAUAUCGUAUGCCCAAACCAAGCAACUGCAAUGUUAAAAUAUACGACUUGAUGGUAAAAUGCUGGCAGGAGGAGCCAAGCGAGCGACCUUCCUUCAAGAAUAUCGUGUCCGUUCUCACAACGCUGACCAAGGACCAGACUGAUGAGAUAUACAUGAGCCUUCUUCCAAGAUCCGAAGAGAGCAAGAAUGUGAAUAUAAACCCAGAGUUUGAUGACAACUAGGUCUUGAGGCAAAUGUUUUAAAACUUCAUUUCAUAUUAUUACGAUCCGUUUAAUUCUUUAGAACAUAAACAUAACAGUUAUUAUAACACCCCUUGCAAGUAUUCUGCCUGCUCAUUGGUUU